AUGGAUUCGCGAGAUAGAAAGGGUAAGGGUAUCGCCAUGGAUGAUGAUGACAAGACCAAGCGUCGGGCCCGGUCAUCCGGCAAUCCCGACAGGCUUCUUGGCGAGGCCAUCCGUGCUGACGCGGCCGAGGCGCGUCGGAGAAAGGCUGCCGAAGCGGAAGCCGCGGCGGAGGCCAAAAGAGUGGUCGAGAGGACUGAGAUGGAAGAGGCGAUAAGAGUUGCUGCCGAGGCCGAGCGUCGAGAGGCGGCGGAAAAAAGGAUGAAAGCAAGGGAAGAGUGCGGCCCCUGCGAUGAUUAUGAUUCCGAGGAGGGAUAUCAUGACGGAAUCCCAUCAGACGACUCCGAUGCUGAUUCGGAAAGCGAUGACAAAGAGGUUCCGGACCGUCCUCGCUGA